ACCUCAGUAGUAACUCGCCGGUUCGGGUGAAAUGUGUUCCAGUGUUGUUGGUCGGCUCCACGAAACCGCUGCCGGAUAACGCGAUACACAGACGAACUACAACACGUGAGCAAGCAUAAAUACGAUAUAUAAGUAAUUCAAUAUAUAACGAGUGUAGCAGCCCACGAUCACAUCCGAAAUGAGCAGCGGUUGCAACUGCCCAGUGACCCAACCGGGACCGACGUUGGCCAGCACGUGCGGCGGGUCGGCGUUCAUGUUGUUCAUGGGCCUUUUAGAGGUGUUCAUCAGGUCGCAGUGCGACAUCGAAGACCCGUGCGGCCGGCCGGAAAGCAGGGGUUUGCCGGACAAGGAGUACGACUUCAUCGUCGUGGGCGGAGGAACGGCAGGAAGUGUAGUGGCAAGCAGACUUAGCGAGGUACCACAGUGGAAAGUUCUUUUGAUUGAAGCGGGUGGUGAUGAACCCACCGGUACACAAGUUCCGUCAAUGUUUCUUAAUUUUUUGGGUUCCUCAAUCGAUUGGAGUUAUAACACGGAACCUGAAGAAAUGGCGUGUUUAAGUAGUCCAGAGAGAAGAUGCAACUGGCCUAGAGGAAAGGUUUUGGGCGGUACUAGCGUGAUGAACGGUAUGAUGUACAUGCGGGGCAGCCGGCAUGACUUCGACGGCUGGGCCAAGAUGGGAAACCCAGGCUGGAGCUACCAGGAAGUAUUACCGUACUUCCUCAAGUCUGAGGACAAUCACCAGGCAACCAUCAUGGAUGCCGGUUACCACGGAGUCGGUGGUCCACUGCCGGUCGGUCAGUUCCCGUACCACCCACCGCUGUCGCUAGCCAUUCUGCAAGCCGGUCUGGAGCUCGGUUACCAGGUGCGCGACUUGAACGGAGCCCUGCACACAGGUUUCGCGAUUGCGCAGACUAUGUCCAAGAACGGUUCGCGAUUCAGUUCAGCUCGGGCGUUCCUGCGACCGGCUAAGGAUCGAUCCAACUUACAUGUGAUGCUCAACACCACGGUGACUCGGGUGCUCAUCGAUCCCAAGAAGAAGGCAGCCUACGGCGUAGAAGUGUACAGUGGAACAGACGGACGGAUAAUUUCGAUCAAUGCACGACAAGAGGUGAUCGUGUCCGGAGGCGCGGUCGCAUCACCACAGUUGCUGCUGCUUUCCGGCAUCGGGCCAAAGGAUGACUUGAGAGCUGUUGGUGUACCGGUCAUACACGACCUACCAGGCGUCGGCCGAAACCUCCACAAUCACGUAGCUUUCUUCGUUAACUUCCACAUCAACGACACAUCGACGACGCCACUGAAUUGGGCCACCGCCAUGGAAUAUCUACUUUUCCGGGACGGGCUCAUGUCCGGUACCGGUAUAUCCGAGGUGACCGCCGUGCUGCCGUCCAAGUAUGUCAACCCUGCUGACGACAAUCCCGACUUACAGUUCUUCUUCGGUGGUUAUCUGGCCGACUGCGCCAAGACCGGCCAGGUAGGCGAGAAGUCGGGCAGCGGUGAAGGUGACGGCCGACGCGUUAUCAACAUGAUACCGGCUGUAUUACAUCCCAAGAGCCGUGGACAACUCAAACUUAAGUCGUCCGACCCACUCGCCCACCCAGCAAUCCACGCCCGGUAUCUGAGCCAUCCCGAUGAUGUGGCCGUGCUGGUGGACGGCAUCAAGAUCGCGAUCCGGUUGUCUGAGACCCCCGCUCUCCGCAAGUACGGCAUGGAACUAGAUCGGACGCCGACAAUGGGCUGUGAGGACUUAGAAUUCGGGUGCGAUGCGUACUGGGAGUGCGCAGUGCGCCGGAACACCGGGCCGGAGAACCACCAGGCCGGAAGCUGUCGGAUGGGUCCACCCAGUGACCCGGGCGCCGUCGUCGACGCAGAGCUUCGUGUGCAUGGUAUCGAUAGGUUGCGAGUUGUUGACGCAUCUGUGAUGCCGGUUGUCACAUCCGGAAACACCAACGCUCCGGUGGUGAUGAUCGCUGAAAAAGCGUCAGAUAUGAUCAAGGCUCGAUGGGUGGGUCGAAAGCCGUGGAACAAGUGAACGCAGUCUCAUUGUACGUCCACGUCCCGCGAUCGGCCUUCAAAUCACCGCCGCCGCCAAAUAUGUCCACCUAUUUAGGUACCUACUAUAUUACUAUGUAUACGACUAAACGAUAUUUUUACGAGUAAGGGUUACGAGCUCGGUAUGUUUGUAUACGCACUAAAAUUAGUACACAGUUAUUCAUAAUGUACUAUUUUAUAAAGAGCACGUUUUUAGUAAAUUAAUCGAUUAAUUAAUAAUAUUAUUUUUAUCCAUCAUUAUUUUAGCAGAACGCGUUAUGAUAUUACGUAGGUACUUAGGUAUACAGUUCUUAUUAAAAUAAUAUUUUAGUUGGUAGGUACAAAACGUAACGUAUAAAGUAUAAUAAUGUUAUUAAAAUAUGUUUAAAUGCCAUGACAAGAAAUUAUUGGGCCAUUAUUAUGAUAUUUAAUAAUGUUUUUAAGAAGCGAAUUGGCCAACAAAUAUUGUAAUAUUUAUACGUGUGUAUAUUUUUAAGUAUAUUUGAGUUAAGCACAUUAUAUUAUUAUUUUGUUUGUAAUAUCAAUACGCUCAUACAUAAAGCUGCGCGUUGUGUUUUAGUCUUAAGUUUGUCAUUGUAAGAUGUACAAUGAUCAUUAUUUUCACCUAGGUACCUAAAUGAUAUAUAUAUAUAUAUAUAUAUAUAUAAUAUAUCAUAUAGAUCGUUUUAGGAAUCACUUCAUUUGUGAUAAAUCAUGACAAAAUAAUUAUUUUAUUCUAUUCUGCGGUUAAGUGAUAUGCACAAUUUUUUUUUUCAAUUAU